AUGGCAAACUGUUUGAUGCAAGUGAACCAGGUUAGUCUGAAGUAUAUAGUUUUACCAGAUCGUCAUUCUUUUCUUUAGUGUGGCUUCUCGAAUUGCGGCCAACAUUUUGCGAGUCAGUAUGAUUUAACCGCACACAUAGAAUACACACAUAUUCGUAAGUUAUCCAAGUCCUACGUCUUCUUUAUAAAUCAAUUUCCAGCGAUGAUAGAAGAAGAAGUGAAACGGAAGGCUCUAGCAGCAGCGAAUGUUGUGCCGGGAGAACAGCCGCCUCCGUCGCUCCCGAAUAACUUGCCACUCAGCUACUACAGCAGAGUUUUCCGAACAGCGUACCGUCCGAAUCCGAUAAAGCCGGAACCGAUCAAAAUUUCAUUUAAUCAUUACAAAAAACGAGGACAGCGCGAGAGGCAACACAAUCCCAACCACUUGAUACAUCGUGUUUAUCGGGAAAUGAUGGCUCGCCAGGGACGACACAGUAAGAAUUUUUCACUAAGACGAUAGCACGAUAAACCCCUUUUUAUUGACUUUCCAGUUACACUUGAAGAUGCAGAGAAACGUCUGUCCGAAGUGGAUUUCGAUGAAUGUGGACCAGAGUAUGUAAGUGUUCCUUCUAAAAGUGCUUAUGAUUUAAUUUCAGUAACAAUGAAGUCAGGUUCCGAUGCCAUAUAGUCGAUUGCAAUAAAAGAUACAAAAACAUGUUUGCGCUACGUAUGCACAUGAAAAUCGCUCACGCAGUGGUGGUGUCCGAAGACGCGAAAAGUCUUACGAACUACCCGGUGGAAGACGUCAAACCGGUCAUUACGGCAUCUCAAUUAAUGGCCGCAGCUCCGCAAGAUACGUCUUCCAAUCUUCCUGGAAUUCUUCCGAUGGGCGCUGCACCUAAUGCUCAAAGCGCGCCUGUCGUGCCGAAUACCCCUCCAAACUUUGGAAAUCCGGCGACUAAUACUACUUCUUACAAAUGCACUUACUGUACCAAACGGUACAAAACGUCGUCGGGGCUGUCUAACCACAUGAUGUCAACGCAUCAGAAGAGUGAGCGAUUCGGGUGAACGAGGAGAAAGAUCUAAUAAUAACUUUAUUUCAGUAUCUGAUGUCCAAGAUGCUCCAUCUCCGCAGGUGGUUGAGCAGCUCAUUUCUCAAGCAAGAAUGCAAAGACAACAGCAGGAACAAAACAGUUCUGAGCAGCAGAGAUCAAUGGUGCCAUCUUCCUCUCAACAGUCACAACUACCAAAUGUGAGAAAACUAACUUUACUUGUUUCACUAAUUCCUUCAAGAUUUUUAAGAAUUCUGCACACGUCCGGUCGUAUACUGUAAACACCACCAACCAGCCACUUCGCUUCUCUCAGCAACAUUUCCCCGUUAAUCUGGACCAUCAACCAUCUACAGGACAAGUUCUUCAAAUGCAAAUGCAACAUCAGAGAAGAGUGAGAACGGGAAAUGUAUUUGGAAAACACAUUUGAUUUCCAGAUGAAACAGCUUCAAGAGCAACAAGCGGCGGCCGCUGCACAGCAACAAAUGCAGCAGCAGCAGCAGCAGCAAGGAAUGGGAGGACACAUGCAGCAAGGAGCACAGCAGUUUCCUCCGCAACAACAGAUGGUGCCGAUGAUGGGGCAGCAAAUGCCACCGGGACCUCAACAAGGGCCUUCUCCACAACAACUCGGACCGAUCCAGCACCAGCAGCAGUACCAUCCGAUGCCACCCCAGCAGCAGCAGCAGCAGCAACAGCAGCAACAGCAGCAACAGCAGCAACAGCAGGGACCGUAUCCCCAACAAAUGCAUCAUCACGCGAUGGUUCAGCAGAGUCCAAUCCCUCAGCAUCAUUAUCAACAACCGCCUCAGUAUCAGCAGCAUCCGUCUCCUCAGUUCCCUUAUCAACAGCAGUCUCCUCAGCAGCAGCAGCCAGGACCACCCCAAAGAUCUCCGAUCCCAUUGUCCCAAUCCCUUCCGCCUCUCAAUUCGAUGACCCAGCAACGUACUCCAAUGCACCAAAUGCCGCCCCCGAAUGUAAGUUCUCGUUUCGUUCGUCCCUCCAUUCCCUCUGUUUUCAGUCUGUUCCGAUGCAUAUUUCUCCUCCUAACCAGCAACGGCCUAUGGAUGUUUCCGGAUAUCCGAACAUGAUGACCAGCCCUCAGAACGGCCAGCAGAUGCCGCCUCCACCGCCUCCUCCGUACAACAUGUGA